AGGCAUCGUGUUACUGUGUGUCAGUGUGCGUGACACGCAGACCCCGCCCCCUCCGCGGCGCCUACCUGCUGCCUGCGCGGAGCAGCUGAGGUCGGAGCGCACUCGCCGCGGGAAUGGCUUCCGGAGCGUCUGCCUCCGCCAGCUGCAGCCUCCCCAUGGAUUACGAGACGAAGAUUUUCCCUCAAACCGGUGGCUACGGACGGUACAACCGGGUCGCAGUCGUGUUCAGCUGGUUCCCCGCCUUUGCGGUGGCACUGAACCUGUUCAGCGACGUUUAUUUCACUCAGAUUCCGAACGUGUACUACUGCAAGACGGACCCGAAGCAGCUGCCUUCCUUUUUCAGUAACUACUCGGGGGAGACCUACCUGAACCUCACCAUUCCCUGGGUGAACGACCAGGGCUUCAGCCACUGUGAACGCUACAAGUAUCCCGCAAAUAUCACGGACUUAUCCGGAAAAGUGCCGCGGGAAAAGGAAAACUGCAGCAUAGGUUGGGAGUACCCAACUUUGGUAGGACUCCGGAGCAACAUUCUCACGGAGUGGAAUCUGGUUUGUAAGGACGAAUGGAAGAUCCCGCGGCAGCAUGUCUGCUUCAUGGUGGGAUGGAUUGUGGGAUACAUCUUCCUGGGUUCGCUGUGCGACUGGUUGGGUCGUCGCCGGGGUUUCCUCUUCUCCAUCACCCUGUCCAGUUUGUUUGGGGUUGCCGUGUGUCUGUCCAGCAGCGCUCUGAUGUUUCUGAUGCUGCGCCUCUGUCAGGGCGCCAUGCUCGCUGGCGUGUUUGUUUCCUCUUACAUCCUCAGGUUGGAGCUUUCUGACCCUCCCCAUCGCCUCAUGGUUGCCAUGAUCGGCGGCUUCUUUGCCGUCUCUGCGGAGCUGCUGUUGCCGGGCCUCGCCAUUCUGUGUCUCGAUUGGCCCGUUCUCCAGGCCGUGGCCACUUUGCCUCUGCUUCUGCUGCUCUCCUAUUGGUGCUGUGCGUCAGUGUUUCCUGAGUCUCCUCGCUGGCUGCUGGCCACAGAUCACAUUCCUAAGGCCAAGAGGAGCCUGCAGGAGUUUACUACCAGGAACGGCGUUUGUCAGCAAGAUGAGAUGUAUCCUGGUGAAACCCUGAUGUCAGAAAUAGACUCUGCAUAUGGAGAAGACCACCAGCCGAGGUUCUAUUCAGUCCUGCAGCUUCGACGGACUCGUGUUAUCUGGAAGAACUGUCUCAUUCUCAGCUUCACUCUGUUUAUUGGAACAGGAAUCCAGUAUUGUUUCACCAGAAACCUGGACGUUUACAACUUCUACUUAAAGUACUUCCUGCGAGUGGCAACGGGCGCCCUGGCUUGUGUCUUUAUCUGUUUGUGUGUCAAUCACUUUGGUCGGCGAGGAAUCCUCCUGCUGUCUGCAAUCGUCACCGGACUGUCCUCGCUGCUGCUGCUGGCCCUCACAGACUAUCUCCAAGGCGGGCUGGUGCUGGUCCUCUCUGUGGUGGGUUUGCUGUUCUCUCAGGCUCUUGCCAUGCUCAGUGCCUUCUUCGCCUGUGAAGUCAUGCCCACCGUGGUCCGAGGCGGCUGUUUCGGUCUGGUGUUGGCAGCGGGAUGUGUUGGCAUGGCCGCCUCCUCUAUGAUGGAGCUCCAGGAUAAGCGUGGCUUCUUCCUGCACCACGUCAUCUUCGCCUCCUUCGCUAUCCUCUCUGUGCUCUGCAUCAUGCUCUUGCCUGAAAGCAAACGCAAGUCGCUCCCGGACUCCCUGAAGGAGGGCGAGAGUCAGCGACGGCCGCCUCUCUUCCUGUCCCAACCGAAAAGAGACUGUCUGCCUUUGUUAUGCACACGGCCUCCGGUGUCCGAGUACAAUCCGGAUAAUUAUUCCCGCUUGGUUUCUGCCACUAGGAAGAUGUUGACCAAAGAUAAUUUGCCGUACAGGACCGCUAGGCCAUCUGUUUUGCCUCUGCUGUCGGACAGCAACACGCAGGAAGGAGAAAAUGGGACACAGGAAGACGUUGUUUUGUAAACCUGUCGGCCUCCUUCUACAGACGGACUUUACUUUCUUCUUCCAAAGAUACCUCAGAUGGAAAACAUGUCACCUAAAGUGCUGACAUCGGAGCACCUUAUAUCCGUUUGUUGAGGAAGAUUUAGUCAUGUCUUCUCUUUGAUUCAGGUCAUGAGCCUUUAGUUGUAGCAUUUUGUAAUCCAAUCUUUCGUAAGUAUAUUAAAGGGUUACACUGGACUGUAAUAAGCAACAGUUCUGUCUGUGGUGAUGUAGUACACUACUGUCAAAUAAUUUUUUAAAUGGGAUUGUGUGAAGUUGUUGGUAGUAGUGAGUAGCCGUGUUAGUAUAGCGAAUCCAAGGACUUAUUCUAGAGAAAGUUUACACUGUGACAUUCAAAUAUUUCAGUAAUUUUACUCUUGGUCACAUUUUUACAUAACGGUUGUUUCCAGCUGCAGCUGCUGUUACUGCCAAAAUAUUCUAUGUGAAACUUCUGCCUCUGUAUAUUCUGAUUUAUGUGGAUUUCUUCAUAUGUCACAGGAAAAGACAAAUUUUUUCCUUUGGUGUAGAGUAGAUCAGUUUGCAGUUUUCAACGGCUCCACUGUUAUAUUGUUUCUUUAAGAAAAUGAAAAUAUAUUAAAAUAUAUAUUAAUAAAGUGAUUAGGUGUAAAUUUAUUUAGUAUUUGCUCCAACUUAUAGAGGGAGAUGAAUAAAAAAUGUAACAUGAUGGCAUUAACUAGCCAAUCUCUAAUAUUAGUUUGACUCCCCUUUGCUGCAGGUAAGAUAUUGUCUGUUUUAAGCUAUUCAACAGAAACCCAUUUAAGAAACGAAUCCUUGUCUCAUCUAUAGUUAGUAAUUUUUGCUGCAGCCAUUCAUCUGGUUUCCUGAGAAACAUUAGUGGGAGAGCUGCAGCUCACUCUUGUGGUGGCUAAAGAAUAUCUCAAUAGUACAAGCAGCAAAGAGCAGCUCCAAAACAUAACCUAAAAUAACAGCAAUAUGUAAAAGUGAAUCUGAAGCUCCACUUAUUCUUAAGGUUUACAGAUAAGCUUUUUUAAGCACUACAGUGCUGCUUGCUGAUGCAGGAAGUUAGAAAAGUAGCUGUUUUAAACUGGCAAGCAACUAGUUUAAAAAAAAGUUCUGGAACUGUUUUGCUGGUUUCUGCUUUGUGGUGAAAAAUUGAGUUAUAUGCUGCCAAUGUUCACAGGUUGUAAAACAAUGUGAUAAUGGUUCUCUUGAAACAUUUGUUCUUGUAUUGUCCAGUGCCUGUCCUGGGAAGUUUGUACUUCCUCUGCAGAUGAUUAUCAUCCUCAGAUUGAUAUAAUUUGUGCGCCAGAUGAUGCAGUUUUCAAUGAAUUACUUAAUCAAUCAGAUGAUGUUCCUCAGGUAUUUUUUGUGCCUCUAACAAGCAUUGUUCACACAAAUAUCUUAAGCGUGUUUGGAUGUAGUAAGUGUUGAACCUCGGAGACAAAAGCAAAGAUAUUGAUUAAAACAUGUUUCAUCCACUGUGUGGCUGACAAAAAUGGAAAAUGAACUACUGAAUUAUGGCAACACUGAUGUUUGAAUGCUCUGGGAUUUGACAUUCACUGUUGGGCAUCUAAAUGAUUAAACGCUAAUAAUUGUGUUUACAGUUAAUUUCUGAAAGGUGGCUAUGUAGAUCAGUCUUCCUGAUUAAACCUAAUCUGUUGGAUUUCUUUUUAGGAUUUCCCUCAUGCAUUUAAAAGAACAUGACACUGUUUUCAUAAAGUGUUCUACUGUAACUCCAGUUUCAUGUCUUUUUUAGUGGUCCGUUAAUGGUGAUUUUGUAAAGUAAAGACACAAAAGUUGGUAACACUUUA